CAUAUGCCUCCCCUCCCCAUAGCAUGGAGUAACGAGACCAGCGAGCUCGUCGGCGCAGUGCAGCGGCGGCUCACCGACAUAAACGAUUUCCAAAUUCCGCGUCUGAAGGACUGUCGAGGCCCGCUCAGUUUACACCAGAACCUUGCCACUGAGCUCAGGGAGGACACAGAGCUACUUGCGCGUCAGAUCGAGGAACUUGAGCUACUUGUGGGAGAUCAGAAUGAGGAUAGGACACGGAGAGAGCUCGGCAAGCUCGUCACAGAGUUUCAGCAGUCACUUGCGAGCUUGAAGAAGGAGACGAGGUCUGCGCUUCUCACCUCGAAGCGCGCCAUUGACUCUCAAAGCCGGUCGCAACGCGAGGAGCUCCUCCGCUCGACCGCCGUGCAGACGAAGCAGCCCACGAACGGAAAAGUCACUGAAGACAUUCUCAUGAAAGCCAACGACGACGUCACCGCCGCGCUCCAGCGCACAAUGGGCCUCAUGCAGAAAGAGCUUGAGCGCUCCGUCCUCUCCACCCAGCUCCUUGAGUCCUCUACCUCCUCGCUCCGCUCAACAUCCUCCACGCACGACAUCCUCAGCGGCCUCAUGGGCACCUCGAAGCAGCUCAUCACCGCCCUUGAGCGCACGGAUUGGUUAGACCGCGUCAUCAUCCUCGCCGCGCUCGCGUUCUUCUUCCUUGUCGUUUUGUUCAUACUCAAGCAGCGUAUUUUGGACCGCGGGAUACGGAUCGCGUUUUGGUGGACGCGGUUUUUGCCUAGUGCAUCGCCACGAGGUGCUCCGGCAGAUAUGGUGAUGGAUACGAUGGAGAAAGGGAGCGCGGUGCUUGCUAGUUCGAUAGUGGCUGCUUCGCAUGCGGCUUCGGCAACUCUGGCCAGCGCAGUGAGCUCUGCCGCGAGUGCUUCAUCUGUUAUCGCUGGUAGCGACGCCGAACCUUCGGACACUCUGUUGGAGGGGAUUGGUGAUGAGCCAGUACAGACUACUGUACCAGUAGUCGAGCAUGUAGUAGAGGAGACUCAUGAUGAGCUAUGAAUGCAUGCUUUGGAGCAUUCCA